GGAAGGUUUAGGGGCGGACCCAUUUUCCGGUGGAUCUGUCCGACCGUCCGAAGGGUCCGGGUUGGAUUUCUCCCCCCCCCCCACCACCUUCGGUUCCGCUGAUGGCGGCGGCGCCUCCUCCUCCUCCUCCUCCACGGGACGUGUUCAGGAAUUGCUGGGGCUGCCGCCUGGUGUGCGGACUGGGCCUGCUCGGGGCCGGAGGCUAUGUAUUCGCUUCGGCCCGGAGUGUGCUGCGGAGGACGGCGAGUGCCCCCAGCUUCGGGACGGUGGCUCAGAUGGUCUUCGCCCUGGGUUUGGCUUCCUGGGGUGUGGUCGUCUUAGUGAACCCAGAACAGAAAUCGCAGUUAAAGUAAUUGAGACUGGACAAGAUCUGCACCAGGAACACUCUCAAGGAGAGAGCCGUCAGAGUGAACACUAACUGUGAUGUCUGAAUAUCAUCAGCACUGUGACAAAGAGAGAAUUCAAAUCAUGGUCUGCCCCGAGAGAAUCCGAGUAGCAUUUUUCACAACAUGGAAAGAACUCAUUACUUUAACCAGUUUCUCAACAUUGCCUUGAGAACAUAGAAGAAAUCACUUUAGCGUUGAAGUGGCAUGAAUUUCUGUGUGUGCGUGCACAUAAUCAAUCUGUCUGUGUGACGCUAAUGGAAUAUACAUCAUUGUAACCCUUUCUGUAACUCACUGAAUUAAAGUCACAGUAACUCUG